UCCCGGGCCGCCCGCGGUGACACACCGAGCGUGUCUACUCGGCCCCGGGGGUCCCGCUGUGCUGCCGCAGCCGCGUCUGGGGCCGCUCCGGUGUCCGGGGCCGCCGGAAGGGUGGGAGGCGGAUUGUGCCGACCCUGCCCCGUGUCCCCGCAGCCCCCGCUCCCCGCCCUGGCCGUCCCUUGCCCGGCGGGAGGCCUGGACCGGGGCUGAGCCGCCUUGGCCUCCCCCCGGCCCGGCUGCCCUCGGCCGCCAGUGACCCUCGGGGUCCCUCCGGGCCGGUGGCGGGUGACAAAGCUGGUGUGCGGUUUGGGUCAAAACCACUGUCAGGAUGGAGCUAAAAAUCUGCAUUCCCUGUGCUGUAAAUGCUGGGAUGGAGAGUGACCACGUUCUUAAGCACCUUGACUCCAAAGUUCUACUUUGCCCUUACAGUGACGUCGUCUUUUAUAUCUGGACUGAUAUUUGUGUUCGAGUGGUGGUAUUUCCGAAAAUAUGGCACGUCUUUCAUUGAGCAGGUCUCUGUGAGUCACCUGAGGCCCCUCAUCGGCGGUGUGGAGAGCAGCCCCCCAGCACCAGCCGCGUUCUCGGCGGGAGAGAGCGAGACGAGCCGGCAAAAUAUGCCAGAGUGCAAAGUGUGGCGAAAUCCUCUCAACCUUUUCAGAGGGGCAGAGUAUAGCAGGUACAUGUGGGUGACGGGGAAGGAGCCUCUUACAUACUACGACAUGAAUUUGUCUGCUCAGGAUCAUCAGAACUUUUUUACGUGUGACACAGAUGCCCUUCGGCCUUCAGAUACAGUGAUGCAGAAGGCCUGGCGGGAGAGGAACCCACAAGCCCGGAUUAAGGCGGCGCAUCAGGCGUUGGAGCUGAACAACGAUUGUGCCACUGCCUACGUGCUCCUGGCUGAGGAAGAAGCGACGACGAUUGUGGAUGCUGAGAGGUAUUUCAAGCAGGCACUGAAGGCAGGAGAAAUGAUUUACCGCAGGUCUCAGAACUGCCAUUCCCAAAGCCCCCAGCACGAAGCACAGCUGAGAAGAGACACCAAUGUAUUGGUUUAUGUGAAAAGGAGACUAGCUAUGUGUGCAAGAAAGCUUGGAAGAAUACGAGAAGCAGUAAAAAUGAUGAGAGAUCUGAUGAAAGAGUUCCCACUUCUCAGCAUGCUGAAUAUUCAUGAGAACCUGCUGGAGGCCCUGCUGGAGCUACAGGCGUACGCGGACGUCCAGGCGGUGUUGGCAAAGUACGAUGAUAUCAGUCUUCCAAAAUCAGCAGCAAUAUGUUACACGGCAGCCCUCUUAAAAGCCAGAGCUGUUUCGGAGAGGUUCUCCCCAGAAACUGCCUCCAAACGAGGGCUCAGCACAGCAGAGAUUAACGCUGUGGAAGCGAUUCACAGAGCUGUGGAGUUCAACCCUCAUGUUCCAAAGUAUUUACUAGAAAUGAAAAGCUUGGUGCUGCCUCCAGAGCACAUCCUGAAGCGAGGGGACAGCGAGGCAGUGGCCUACGCCUUUUUCCACCUCCAGCACUGGAAGAGGAUCGAAGGGGCUCUCAAUCUGCUGCACUGUACCUGGGAAGGCACAUUUAGGAUGAUCCCGUACCCGUUAGAGAAAGGUCAUCUCUUCUAUCCCUACCCGAGCUGCACAGAAACAGCAGACAGAGAGCUCUUGCCAACAUUUCACGAAGUCUCCGUUUACCCACAGAAGGAGCUGCCCUUUUUCAUCCACUUCACAGCGGGACUGUGUUCCUUCUCGGCGAUGCUCGCCCUCCUCACGCACCAGUUCCCUGAGCUGAUGGUCGUCUUUACUAAAGCUGUGCUGCGGGUGCUGUGGCCGGUGAGUGCUCCCAGUGUUCUGGCCUCCAGCUGAGGGGACACGCCAUGGGACACGGGGUGCUUUGGGACUCUUCUUUCACCCUUCAGCUUUGUUAUGGAAAACACUGAGGUCCUCCUGCUGCCCUGUCUCUGGCAUCAGCAGACCCCACUGUGACUGGAGCAGGAUUUCCACCCUGGUUUGAUUUCACCAUUCUCACGAGCCUCACCCCUGGUGUUUUGCUCAGCCCUAGACGUGGGGACAAGGACAAAAGCUGUGGGGGGCUGUGGCAGGCUUCCAUGGUGGUAAAGGUGCUUAACAUACAAAUUUCUUCUCUGGCCUUAGUCUGUAAUCAUCUAAAAAAAUAGUUUUCGGUUGAGCAAUACCUUAUUGCUGUCUUCAUCACUUCUACGACUGGAAGCGAAUACUUCCUCUGAAGAAAGGAGAGGACACACACUGAGCAGAUGUUUGGAAUAUUGAUGCUUCCUUCUCAGCUGCAGAUGCUCCAGAUAAUUGGCUUAGAGUUAAUUUUAUAAACCUUUUUCAAAAUAUUUGUUAACAGCAAAGUAUGGUUCUCGGUUCUGCUUUCUUGAUUAAAAAGGUUGCUUCCUAA